GCCUUAGCCCCGUUAUUGGAGUACUUGGACAGUAACUUGAAGUGUUAUUACAACGGCACGUACAGAACCAACUUUGAUCGAGUGCUCGUUUCAAUCUGGAAGUCUGUUCUUCAGGAAAUGACAGUUACAGUCCAGGGAAACGCUGGGGAAAAGAUGGCGUUCUAUGACCGUCUAAUCAGCGCGCUAAGAAUCUUAGCGGAAUUCUUCCACGCGGGAAGUAAAGGAAUUCAUGACGAAAUGCUUCGUGGACCUGAUUAUCAAGCUCUUGAGCGUCUACUUAAACUUAACACAAAUGAGACCAGUGACCUGAUAGAAGAAUACAUAGCCGAAAGAAUAAAAGAACAGAAACGACUCCGCCAGGGGGAGUUCGGUAUACUGACAGUAAAGGCACUCUUUAACAGUCCCUCUGACAGUCUCUCUGUUGAUGUUGUUGAAGCUGCAAACCUGACACCGUUGGAUCCAACGGGUUUCAGUGAUCCAUUUGUCAUCAUUGAACUUCUACCACGUCAUAAAUUUCCUGACUGUCCACGUCAAAUGACCAAAGUCCAGAAGCGAACUUUGAACCCUUUUUUUGAUGAAAGCUUCGAAUUUACCGUCACUGCGGAGAGAUGUAAGCAAGAGGGCGCUGCGAUCUGCUUUACUGUCAUGGACCAUGAUGUAGUUACAAAGAAUGAUUUUGAGGGUGAGGCUUACCUGUCAUUGACGACGAUACCAGGGCUAGAAGAAUCUACACAAGACCACGUGGCAGUAAAUUUAGUGCUCAUGCAGCCAAAUGAUAAGAGUGACAUACUGUAUGCUCUGGAAUUUCGGACAUGGGACAAGCUAGCCCAAGAUUUCGUCAGAGAACAGAGAAACAAAAGACCCUGAACAAAAACAGAUGUGUUCAGAUUCGUUUGUGAAUGAGUCCUCCUUAACUCUACUUUAGCCGAUCAAAACUUAAUAUUAAAAUUUAAAAAAAAUAUAUUUCUUUCUUUAAAAACCGAUCAUCUAACACAAACUAAGACAUGCUCGAGCUUUACUGCAAAAACUUUUGUUAGCAAA